AUGGUAUCAGUCACGUCAUCCAGGGGCAUCGCCAUCCAGCGUGCACAAGCCGACACAAUACGUGACAGAAUCGAGCGCAUCACCGAGGACCUCAGAGAUAUUAAAAACUUCUACCCCAUCAAGAUAUCUCCGGGACGAACACGGAAGUUACGCGAAUUCCUUAUAUCCGAGCUCGAGUCACUCCGGAGUCAGCCCUUUGAUCUAUAUGAUCAACAGGGGAAGGUAGAUUAUCUUCUCAUAAGAAAUUAUUUAGAAAGGCAGCUCCGCGAGUUAGAACUGGACUUCAAACAGGAUGCAAAGACUGCAGUCCUUCUGCCAUUUUCAGACAACCUGCUACAGCUGUGCGAGGCUCGUGCUAUGGUAGUGUCGAUGAAUUCAAAAGAUGCAGCCCAAAAGCUCGUUGAAGCUCAGUCUCAAAUCGCAGCCGUGGUAGACAUGAUCAAGAACGAAUCGACCAAGAUCCGGAUGGAGAAAACAACUGCAUUCAGAGCGGCGAGAAACAUAGACUCAUUGCAUGCCAACUUGAAAGAAUGGUUUGAAUUCUACCAAGGCUACGAUCCGUCGUUCAAUUGGUGGGUGUCACAUCCAUAUGGGAUCGUGGAAAAAAGCCUGAAAGACGUUUCAGCAACUAUUCGAGAGAACUUGGCUGGUAUCCGCCCAGGCAACGAGGAUGCCAUAGUGGGCGAUCCCAUCGGCCGAGAGGGUUUGCUAAGCGAGCUCUUGGGUGAAAUGAUUGCUUACACACCAGAAGAACUAAUCUCAAUCGGAGAGAAUGAGUUCAAAUGGUGUGUUGUUGAACUGAAAAAGGCAUCACGUAGUAUGGGAUACGAGGACGACUGGAAGCAGGCCCUGGAAGAAGUCAAGAAUGACUUUGUCGAUCCUGGAAGACAAACCGAAUUAGUCCGAGAUCUCACAAUGGAAGCAAUCUCCUUUGUCGAAGAUCACGAACUCGUCACCGUUCCACCCGUCGCCAAGGAGAACUGGCAGAUGUUCAUGAUGUCGCCCGAGCGCCAGAAAGUCAACCCUUUCUUCCUCGGCGGUGACUGUAUCAUUGUCUCAUAUCCAACAGACCAGAUGGAUCAUGAAGCCAAGCUGAUGAGCAUGCGUGGGAAUAACAUCCAUUUCUCCCGCGCCACGGUCUUCCAUGAAAUGAUACCCGGACACCAUUUGCAGAUGCACAUGAUAGCGAGAUACAGACCUUACCGCCAAUUAUUUGAUACCCCGUUCUGGAUUGAAGGAUGGGCUCUGUAUUGGGAGUUCCUUUUGUGGAAUGAUGAACGGUUCCAAAAGACGCCGCAGAAUCGGAUCGGGAUGCUGUUUUGGCGGCUCCAUCGAUGUGCCCGGAUUAUAUUCUCUAUCAAAUUUCAUCUUGGCCAGAUGGCACCCCAGGAAUGCAUUGAUCUACUCGUUGAUCAAGUCGGACAUGAACGUGCCACUGCAGAAGGAGAAGUGAGGCGAUCAUUGAAUGGCGACUACUCCCCGUUAUAUCAGGCUGGGUAUAUGCUGGGUGCGUUACAGAUAUAUGCGUUGCGAAAGGAGACUGUCGAAACGGGACAUCUUGGUGAGAAGGAAUUCCAUGAUCGAUUUUUAAAGGGCAAUUGUAUGCCAAUAGAGUUGGUGCGAGCCUUGAUGCAAGAUCAACCGUUAUCGCGUGAGCACACGCCGUCUUGGAAGUUCUAUUCCUUAUAA